AUGGCUCAUUCAUCCACUGGUCAGCCUCUGACAAUCAAUAUUUUAAGCAAAUUCCAGCACCUGAUACUCUUACAAAAAAUGAUGUCACAUAGAGGUAGGUACCAUGACAAGAAGAUUUUGUUGCAGCUGUAUAGGUUAACACAUCACUAAUAGUUUGUCAGUGAAAUCUGUAGAAGUUAAGACGGUCUGAGAGUUAAAUGGAUCUGAGGUUAAGGAGUCUGAGGAUUAGUUAGGAAUGUCAGGUAUGAUGUGCCAAAGAUAAAGGAAAGAGGAAAUGAGUAUGAGAAGGGGGAGAACUUUGAAAAAAAGACUAACACAACAGAAUUCUUUAAGAAAAUGUCUGUGCUACCAUUCCCUAACUUUUGUCUUCUGUCCUUCAUUUAGAUGUUCUGCUACUUCUGUGCCUUAGUUUGGGGGUCCUUGGAGCCCCCCACUCACGUAUUUUAUCAACGAGUGUCGGAUUCCUGGAUGAUAAUAAAGAGUUGAGCCGCAAGAUCACUUUGGCUACAUAUGAUCUAAGAGAAAUUAUGGUGAGUGUCUUCUGCUGGUAAAGGCUUUGGAGUCCAUGAUGUGGUGAUACCUUUAGAAUAUAUGCGUUAAAAAAUCCUGGGAUUGGUCUGAGCAUCGUCUGCAGGGACCCCCCUUCCCAUGACUGUAUCACUUCGAAAAAAGUUAUUACGACCACAAAGCCACUUUAUAAUCCCACCGAAUAUCUUGCACCGUUCUCCAGGGUGAACGAGCAUUGCGACAUUCCAAACCUGCAUGUUACGGAGUUCUGUAGUUAAGUGAAGGAAACAUCUAGCUGAAGGCAUUUCCUUAUCCAAAUUUAACCCUGCCUACUGUAUUCUGUCACACACACCCUUAGUCUCUCUCUCAGUACAAAGCAUAUCGGUUUGUUACAAAACAGCAAAAUUUGGUUCCUUAUGCUGAGAGCCCAGAUAUUACGGGAAUAAUCUGGCACUACCUGAGAUGCACAUUUGACGGCCGCUGCUUUUAUAUUUUUGCUCAGUGUGAAGUUCACAAACUAUGUGACGAAGAGGAACUCAGAAUAAUUCAGAAUGGGCUGGGACUACACGCAACCCCUCUGGAACAGUGCGACACUGUGAGCUUCAACAAGGUAAGUUACCAUAAACUAAAAAGCAGCAAUGCAUGAGGAAACAAAUAGGGCUUUUUCACUAAACACCAAAUUGUGGUGAAUUGAAACUUGUGGUGUAACGGCGAGCAAAUCCAAGGAGAAAUCUGUCUUUUUAGAUUAAAAAAGUAUUUUUAGAUUUUUUUUCUAAAAAGUUUUGGCAAAAUUGAAAAUUACGUAAAUUAUUUAUGUUGUAUUGUUCGCUCUUUCUUUUGCGGCAACAACAGAAAGAGGGAUAUGUAAAAGUCUGAACUUACCGGGCUUGUGCCUUUUUCAGCAUUAUUACUAUGUUACUAAGAAUUGCAAAAGUGCUGAUUAUGAAAAAUUCUUAAAGUGUGAAUUUUGUAAUUCAGUUUUGAGUUUACUACAAUUGGCAUGGUUAUUUACCAACGUGAGAAUUCAAAGCGAAUUUCAAAUUUAAGGCCUUAGUAGCCGAACCGACUAACAGAAUUGAUCAAUUUAGGCUAUUUUAGCUUUAAAUUUGACAUUUGAAGAAUAACUCUGCUGGUGUUUACUGACUAAUCUCCAAAGUUAAUGUAAACGAAUAAUCUUCAUUCCCCAUGGACUGAUGCUCAUGCCCCAUGCAAUUUGAUUGUCUAUACAUUUAAAAUUUGGAAACUUAUUUUUUUGUUAUUUAUUCAACAAAUGGUCUCUGCUGCACCCUAGCUCAGUGAUGGUUAACCUUGACACUAUAAAUUGUUUCUGGACUACAUUUCCCAUGAUGCUCAGCUAGCCUUUAGAGUCUAAAAGCUAGCUGAGCAUCAUGGAAAACAUAGUCCAGAAACCAUUUAUGGUGUCAAGGUUAACCAUCACUGCCCUAUAUCAAUAGCUGCACUUUGUGUUAGUUUUGUAUAGUGCAGUUACACUUUGUCUCACGUAUAGGGCCCUCAACUGCUACUGUAUCAGCCUGUGAAACUAUCACUUCUGUUUUGUUUACUGUAGUUUUUUUUUUUUUUGACAAGUGCCCACAUGGAAUUUUCUAUAUAGGUCAUUGCACCAGCAAUUGUAGUACUUUUAGACAAACUUGUAUACAAUGAAAUCAUUGUAUGUAGAUGAUGGAGAACCAAUAACCAGGUUAAAGCGGGGGCCAUCUAUAAUCACAGUAAUUUAAGCAAACAUUUUCAUAUUGUUUAGAAAACCCAUUAUAGGGCAGUGACUAUAUUAUAAGCCAGCCAUUUUCUUUUACUUCUAACAUAGCAACAUAAAAUCUGACAGGGCUAUUUACCAAGAUGAGAACUGCUGAGAAUUCAAAAUAAAUAUCAACAUUUCUUUUCAAUGAAGCCAUAUUAGAGACAUUCUCCGGGUCUAAAUUCUACUUUGAAUUUAAAGUAAUGCUCACUUUAUUGAAUAACCCAGUACAAAAUUACAUUCAUACACACACACACUGAAAGUUAGGUUUGUGAUCAGAGGGUUGGUAGGGGUUAACUAACGUGAGAAAGGGGUGUGUAUGAAAGAGAGUAGCUGUGAAUAGGAACACAGCAAUUAAAAAAAAAAAGUUGGCGUUAAAGGGACACUACACUGUAAAUCAGGGGUGCCCAAAAGGGAGAUCCCCAGAUGUUGUAGAACUACAGCUCCCAUGAUGCUUUGCGUGCCUUUAGAAGGUCCUUAGAAUGACAAAGCAUCAUAGAAGUUGCAGUUUAAAAACAUCUGGGGAUCUACCUUAUGGGCACCACAUGCUGUAAAUUCUCUAUGAGACCAUGAAUUAAGCAUUGCAUUAACAAAUUCAAAGUUAUUUACUAGUCUUAGAAUAGUAGUGAAUUAAAUCUUGAAUUGUAAAAUGUAGGCUAAAAUAGCCUCUCUGUGACUAUAGCGAAGUUGGAGAAUUUUUCUAGAUCAGCUGUUGACUACCUUUUGGGUACCCCUGUUUUAGAGCUCACUUAUGUGCAUAACAUGUUGCCAUUGAAAACGAUGACAACAUUUUAUAGUUUUACAAUGAAAUAAAGCAUUUAUCUUUGAAUAAAUAUAAUAGUUGUUAAUAGCCAAUGUGAUGUUGAUGGAGUUGAUAGAAUACAGGAAAUGUAACCUCACACUUCUUUCCCCACAGGGCGCAUGUUUUUCCCAGCUGUCCAGUGGCCUGAGUGGUUUCAUGACACUACUUACCUCAACUAGAGACUUACCACAAGACAAACUAGACAGUUUGGAGGCUGACAUCAAAGAUCUGCUUACCAAUAUCCAGGAAGAGGUGAGAAUCUUACACAGGGACAAUUGCUGAAUAAAGAGGGGUAGGGGGUAAUACGUGACUAUAUGAUCAGCCCAAAAUGUUUACUGCAGAUGUAGAGGAAUGAGUCUUGAAUCAAAAUGGAAUCCUUGUAUUAUAUUUAAGUGUAUUCUUAAUGGUGGACACAAACACAUCAUACAACGAUAUUUAGUAAUGUAAACAUUGUUAGAAAUUCAAAGUGAAUUUCAAAUUCUAGCUCAAAAUAGCAAAAAAUGGAAAUAUAGUUUAUUUGGACCAUGUUUCUAAUUAAGCUAUAUUGACUUAAAGGAACACUAUAGGCAUCAAAAUAACUUUACCUUAUUAAGUAGUUUUGGUGUAUAGAUCAAGCCCCUGCAGUCCCACUGCUUGUUUCUCUGCCAUUUAAGAGUUAAAUCACUUUUGUUUCUGUUUAUGCAGGCCUAACAACACUUCCCCUGCCUGUGUCUCACACAACCUGCAAUAAAUAAAUGUUUAAUUUUUAAUCAGAUGUUAACUUACUUUAUUAGUUUUUAUCUCCUGCUUUAUAAAUUGAACUUUAAUCACAAUAAAGUGAUUUCCUUUAUGUGCAAUACAGGAAAUUUAAACAUCACAUUUCUCUUUACGUGAAGUGUUUAAGAAGGCAGUGUACGUCACACCUCCCUUCAUGUGACUUACACAACCUUCCUAAACACUUCAUGCUAAGAUAGGGCAGUAUAAACAAAGUAAUUUAACUCUUAGAUGGCAAAUAAUUAGGCAGUGAGAUUGCAUGGACAUGAUCUAUACACCGAAACUGCUUCAUUAAGCUAAAGUUGUUUUGGUGCCUAUAGUGUUCCUUUAAGUUUUAAAUUUACUUUGAAUUCCCAACAAUUCAAUUUUCACAUUACUUUUUAAAACAGAACACUGGAUACAUUCCUCCUAUUGUGUUCCAUUAAUUUUUUACAAAUGUGAUUUUCCCACCAUACUAACAGAAAGAUUGGCUUGUUCGAUAAUCAAAAACACAAACCAAAUAACGUCUCUUGUCUCAACAGAUGGAAGCACAAGGAAUUAAUGCUGUUAACCACUCCAUUCAGGAAACACCAAUAUACAAAACACCAUUAGAAGAAAAAGCAGGAACCUUCCUGAUCUUAUCAAACCUGCACAAAUUUAUGCUUAUGGUCCAAAAUGUAUUAGGAUAA